UACUUCUUAGGUGUUUUUACAAUGCCGGCCUCUCUCUCUCUGUCCUCUAUUUCUCUCUCUAGAAAAAACCAGAGUGGUUCUGCAUAACUCAUAAAACAAUUCUUCUUUUUCAUGAACUUACAAAUUCCCUUUUGAUAAACACCUAAUUCUCCUUUCUUUUUGAUCUCACUAUUCAAAGAAACCUCCUUUUUUCUUCAUUCUUGUGAAUCUUUUUUGUGUUUCUUGAGUACCCUUUUGAGUAUUUGUUUGUUUUGUGUCAAUCUUUUUUGUGUUUUUUGAGGACCCUUUUGAGUAUUUGUUUGAUUUGUGUCAAUCUUUUUUGUGUUUCUUGAGGACCCUUUUGAGUAUUUGUUAGUUUUGUGUGAUUUUUUUGUGUUUUUUGAGGACUCUUUUGAGUAUUUGUUAGUUUUGUGUGUGGUGUUCAAAGGGAUGGUUGUGAAAAUGAUGAAGUGGAGGCCAUGGCCUGAAUUAACUUCAAAGAAAUUUGAGGCCAAAAUCACUGUGAAUUGUGUUAAAGGUCUAAACUUUUCUCAAGAUUUUCAAAGAUUGGUUGUUGAAAUCAAGUGGAAAGGCUCAAAGGGUAAUUCUUUGACUUUGAGUUCUCUCAAGAGGAAAAGUUUUAAGAAGAGUUUCACAAAGGAAGAGUCUUUGAAGGAUGAUGGAGUUGUUUAUUGGAAUGAGGAGUUCCAAAGUCUUUGCAACUUUUCUGUAUCCAAAGAGAUUGCAUUUCAUCCUUGGGAGGUUUCUUUUACAGUAUUCAAUGUUACGAAUAAACGAUCGAACCAUAAAGUCCCCAUAGUUGCUGCUGCAUCAUUGAACAUUGCAGACUUUGCUUCAAAAGCUAGGGAAAAAGAAGAAAUUGAAAUAGUCAUCCCCUUGGAUGCCUAUAGUGGUGGCAAUAAGAGCAACCUUUCACUUUGUUUGUCUCUCAAUCUUGUUGAAUUGGGGAAUGCUCACGAAGCCUCAAAAACGAUGCCAAAGUUUGUCAUGUCUGCUCCAGUAUCUCCUUCCCCUGCAGAGGUUUUGUCGACAGACAGAAAUGAGCUUUCUGCUUUGAAAGCAGGUCUGCAGAAAGUGAAACUUUUCAAGGGAUUAUCUACUAUGCGACGAAAGAAGGCAUGUCAUGAAGAGGAGGGCAGUGAUGGAAGGAACUCGGUCAGAAGUGAUGAUACCGAUUUGGUAUAUCCAGUUGACACAGAUUCACUCGGUGAUUCGGAGGAAGGUGAAUCAGAUGAAGUGAAGGAGGAUACAAGUAUGCGGAAGUCAUUCAGUUAUGAAACACUUGCCUAUGCGAAGCAUGCUGGUGGAUCAUGCUACACAAACACGAGUGGCAGUGAAGAUGAGGAUUUGAUCUUUUAUAGUCAUCACAAAUCUGUUGCAGGGCGUGUGUAUGCUGAGGGUGCAACUGGAGAAGGUCAUAAUCAAUAUUCACAGAACAGUUCAAAACGCAAAAUUCUCCCUUGGAGGAAGAGAAAGUUAAGCUUCAGAUCUCCUAAACCCAAAGGGGAGCCGUUGUUGAAGAAGCAUUAUGGAGAGGAAGGUGGGGAUGAUAUAGAUUUUGAUCGCCGACAGCUUAGUUCAUCCGAUGAGUCUUCUUCAGGG